AAGCGGAAGUGACCUUGCUCUGUUUGCUGAUGAACCCGGAAGGGUAACGCAGCACUCCGAAGAUGGCAGGUGUGUUUGAGGUGGAGGUUGACGGUGUAGAGCACGACCAUGGACUGGAGCAUCACGACGAGCCGAACCAGAUCGACCUGUCCAAACUUUCACCAGAAGACAAGUGGAGGGUGGAGCAUGCAAGGAUGCAUGCCAAACACAAAGGCCAUGAGGCCAUGCACGCUGAGAUGGUGCUGAUACUGAUCGUCACCCUGGUCGUCGCUCAGCUGGUCCUCGUGCAGUGGAAACAGAGGCACCCCAAGUCAUACAAUCUGGUGACUCUGUUCCAGAUGUGGGUGGUUCCUCUCUACUUCACUACCAAGUUGCACUGGUGGAGGUUCCUGACCACAUGGUUCAUCUUCUCUGUCGUCACAGCAUACGUCUCCUACCGCGCCACUCGCAAGCCGCUGGAAUGCACCACGCCGAGGUUGGUGUAUAAAUGGUUCCUCCUUCUCUACAAGAUCAGCUACGCCACAGGAAUAGUUGGCUACACUGUCGUCAUGUUUACGCUUUUUGGAAUAAACUUAAUAUUCAGAAUAAAGCCGGAGGAUGCAAUGGACUUCGGUGUUUCCCUGCUGUUUUAUGGUCUGUAUUACGGGGUCCUGGGACGGGACUUUGCAGAAAUGUGCGCAGACUUCAUGGCCUCAACAGUUGGGUAUUACAGCGCAUCUGGUAUGCCAACCAAGCACCUCUCAGAUAAUAUCUGCGCUGUGUGCGGUCAGCCAAUCCUCGUAGACGUCAGUGAAGAGGGCAUCAUCGAGAACACAUACAGACUGUCCUGUAACCAUGUGUUCCAUGAGUUCUGCAUAAGAGGGUGGUGCAUCGUGGGAAAGAAGCAGACGUGCCCAUACUGCAAAGAGAAGGUGGACCUGAAGAGGAUGUUUAGUAACCCCUGGGAAAGGCCACAUGUCAUGUAUGGACAACUUUUGGACUGGCUUCGGUACCUAGUGGCCUGGCAGCCCGUUAUUAUUGGAUUUGUGCAAGGUAUCAACUACGUCCUGGGUCUGGAGUGACCUGCGACUGGGGCACAAAUGGACACACACGCCAUACAGAGAGGAUAAUGCACUGGCUCUAAGGACUGGGGGCCUAACAAUGAACUAAAACACCAAUAUUAAAUGUGUCUAUACUUUUUUGUAUAUAUUUAUAGGCACCGAAUAUCUGUAUUUACAGUUUAUUUGAAUUUUACUAGUAACCUGAAUUUGUCUGUCUCAGUUUUUCCGGUUUUGUUUUUGAUCCACAUGGCGUUACACCUUGAUAAUUGGUUUGUGCAUCGGAUGACCUAGUAAAGCAGCUCUCAGAUUUAAAUGAGAACCGCUUUAUGCCAAUUUAUGUCUUAAGUGUUUUCCGUUUAUGUAUUUGGUUUCCACAACAAUAAGAAGCGACAGGAUUAUAAUGGAGUUUUUUUUUUUUUUUUUUAAUCCAUAUGUCCAGUGGUGUUUACUAGCCUUCUCUCCAACCCCUCUCAACUUCGGUUCCAUCCACUGCUUUGUAAGAAACCUUGAAUUGAUAUUUGCAUAGGUAAUUUCUCCCUGUGCCUCAAAAACGCACCCAACACACUUCUCAGAAACCUAGACUUCUUGUGCAUUUUUGUUGCCAUUUGGUUUACCAUGUUAUCACCUGUGUUGAAUGCUUUGUUGACUUGUUUUUUUUUUUGUUUUGUUUUGUUUUUUGGCCGAAUUUGAGAGUGCUGACAUAGUCCAGUUUGCCAUUUCCAUGUAUGCGUGACGUUUCUUUGAAAACCCUCAAGUUAGAAAACAUGCUGUGCAACAUCAGUGGGGAAAAAUGCUAAUGAAAUACACAUGCAUACAUAAACUGAAAAUUCCUCAGGCUUUUUAUAAUGAAACUUUUAACUUGACUGAAGGUGGAGGCUAUAUUGUAAGAAUCCAGUAUUUCCUUUAUUCUUGCUGGUGUCUGACUAAGACUGUAUAGCAAAGAUGCUGUUAAAAUUGAAUAAGAACUGCUAGAUGCAUCUUUAAAUAACCCCUUCUCUGGUUAACACCACAUCUGGUCUUGUCUUGAUUGAAACCCUGUGAAAUCUCUCUUUCCAUUUGAGUUAGAAGAAUAAUACUGUACUCAACAAGGUUGAGUCCUCUGUUCUCACGGUCCAGAAUGAUAAUAUCUCCUCAAAUUAAUUCACAAGUGACUGUUACUAAUCAAUCCUCAAAUUGAAGCUCUGUAGUAAGCACAGUGCAGUGUUAAAAUACUGACUGGUAAAUAUACAAUGAUUGACGGUGCAGGUUAAAGCUAAAAUGAUGAGGGGAAAAAGCUGAAAUUUCUUGAUGAUCCUUUAACAUGGCCCAGGCGAGGGAGUGGUGCUAGGGUGCCAGUCUUAUUUUUGUAUGGAGUGUUCAGCCUAAGAACUUUUAUUUGCACGAGUCCUGAUCCAAAGCUGCUGGCAGGCCAGUGUUGGUCCUUUUGAAAGUACUGUUAAGGCUAUAUACUGCCAUCGCUCUGAGAGGGACGCAGUGUCCUCUUAGUGGGUCCCUCUGUCCAUAAACUCACACCGCUCUCUGUAAAGGACAGUAACUUCAUCAUUUCAACUGUUUUGUUGACAUGUUCUCAUCAGUCUGUUAAUAAAUCUUGCAUGGUUUAGA